AUGGGUAAGACUCAACCCAACCUGUACGCUUUCCCCAGCGUCAACGCCCUCGCCCCGGCCCUCCGCUUCUACAUUAUUGAGGCUCAAAACGCCGGCUUCGCCCGCCAUGGCGCCUUCAAGGUCGCCGUCUCCGGCGGCUCGCUCCCCAAGACGCUCGCCCAGGCGCUCCUUGCCCCGGCCUCCGGGCCCAACGACCAGGUCGACUUCACCCGCUGGGAAAUCUUCUUCGCCGACGAGCGCGCCGUGCCCCUCGACCACGCCGACUCCAACUACGCCCUCCUCAAGGCUGAGCUGCUCGACAAGCUCCCCGCCGACCAGCAACCCAAAGUCCACCCCAUCGACGUCACCCACCUCGAUGACCUCCAGGAGCUCGCCGACCAGUACGAGCAGACCCUCGUCGCCAGCUUCGCCUCCCGCGACUCGGUCCGCCUGCCCAUCUUCGACCUCCUCCUCCUCGGCUGCGGCCCUGACGGCCACACCUGCUCUCUCUUCCCCGGCCACCCGCUCCUCCGCGAGACCAGCGCCUGGGUCUCGCCCAUCGACGACUCCCCCAAGCCUCCCCCGAAGCGCAUCACCCUUACCCUCCCCGUCGUCAACCACUCCGUCCGCGUUGCCUUUGUCGCGACCGGCGGCGGCAAGAAGGACAUUAUGAAGCAGAUCUUUGAUCAAAACAUCGGUCUCCCCUGCGCUCUCGUCAACGAGGGUACUGGCGAGCGUUGCAGCUGGUUCGUCGAUGAGCCCGCUGUCGAGGGUGUCAGCUUCCCCCGAAGAGCCUUCCUGUAG